GUUCCCUCAGGGUUGGUGAUUGGCUAUUCUAUGACUCCGCCCACCCUUGACAGCCCCAAAGAAGACCUUGUGAUCCACGCAGAUGAAACACUGACCAUUACAUGCAGGGGUCAGCGUACUCUGUCCUGGGUGUGGCCUGAGACGACCCUGGUGGGAGAGGAGCUGACUGACCGUCAGGCCGGACCCUGGCCCAGCAGAGCCCCAGGGAGAGAGGCCAAGACUGGGUCUGGAACCCCUGUUUGUACCCCCGGGGCUGGAGUUGUGGGAGACCACCCCGUGGCCACGGAGGGGACUGGUACGCCUGCUUCGGUCCCUGUCCAGAGAAGGGGAGUCAGCAUCCUGGAGUGUCCAGGGGAGCCUGGAAGGCCGUAUUGCAAGACCCUGGUCCUCACUGGAGCUAAAGGGAAUGAUACAGGGUACUACCGCUGUUACUACAGAGAUGUCAAGGCCGUCAUCGACGGGACCACGGCUGCUACUCUAUAUGUGUUUGUCAGAGAUUUGGAGCAGCCUUUCCUCAGGAGAAACUGGAUGCAACGGGGACCUGAGGCUCACGUCACAGUACCUUGUCUGGUCACUGUGCACCUCAACGUCACACUUUAUCUGUGGGAGACGAUACCUAUGCUCCUGGAGGAUGAGGGGAUGGUGUGGGACAGUAAAAGAGGCUGGUCCAUCCCUAGACAAACCUUAGACUCCAGACCGUUCCUCUUCGGAUUGUACUGCCAAGCUGGACUACAGGGGAGAGUGUACCGCUCUCCCCACUACGUGGUUCACUUCACAGGAAGUCAGCUUUACGACGUCAAGCUGUAUCCAGAGGACUCGGUGGAGCUGAUCAUGGGGGAGGCCCUGACGCUCAGCUGUAAUGCCACGGUAGAGUUUGGCAUGUUUGUCGAGUUCCGGUGGUCCUAUCCUGGAAAACAGAUGAACAGUACAGUGGGCAUAGUGCACAAGCGUAAUUCUCUCUCUCGGUUCACGGAGGCCGUCAGCAUCCUGACCGUCCAAAGCGUCAACCUCACCGACACCGGCACCUACACCUGCUCUGCCAUCACUGUGGAGAAAAAAAUGGAUCUGGCAACUCAAGUCAUAGUGCACGAGAAGCCAUUCAUCAGCCUAGACUACAGGAGCAGCCCGGUCGUCGAGGCAACAUCAGGACAGAAGUCCUUUAAACUGUUAGCCAAGGUGUCAGCAUACCCCAGACCUGACAUACAGUGGUAUAAAGGUGAUAAGUUGAUCAGCCGUCGUCCAGAGUUCAACAGGAUGCGGCUCCAUCAGCACUAUAACUUAGAGAUCAGAGACGUUCACCCUGAGGAUGCUGGGAACUACACCGUCCUCCUCAAGAACACCGCGGCCUUGCUGGAGAGGAGAAUCACCAUCACACUCAUCGUCAACGUUCCCCCUCAGAUCCAUGAGAAGGAAAUAGCGGCACCAUCUAGCCCAUAUCGCCGUGGCAGCAGCCAGACCCUCACCUGUACAGGGUAUGGACGUCCCGCCCCCAACAUCACCUGGCAGUGGAGGAGAUGGAGCCCCUGUGGCCUCAACAGCACCCACCGCAUGAGUCGGAGGGAUCGUAAAGUGCGUAGCGACAGCGUCUCAGACUGUCAGAACUGGCAGGACCUGGACUCACAGAACACCGUUAAUAAAAUAGAAAACAUCGAGACGUCAGUCGAAGUGGUGGACGGGAGGCAGAAGAUAGUCAGCAGACUGGUGAUCCAGAACGCCAGUGUAUCAGUCAUGUAUAAAUGCUCUGCUAACAACAAAGUGGGCAAAGACCAGAAGCUGAUAUACUUCUAUGUGACCACUAUCCCAGAAGGGUUCAGUGUAGAGCUGGGUCCGUCUGAGGAACCUCUGGAGCAGGAGGAAGUGUCGCUAAGCUGCAUCGCUGACAACUACACCUACGAACAGCUCACCUGGUACAGACUGGACCCACAGGCGCUGCAGGAUGAACGUGGUAAACCCCUGGAGCUGGACUGUCGUAGUGUCCACCUGUACGCUGACCGCCUGGAUGGACAACUGACCUAUCAGGAGCAGUCUAACAGCUGGGUCCUGGAGAUGACUAUAGCUAGCAUCACGCUACAGGAUGAAGGGAACUAUGUCUGUGAGGUUCAGAAUAGGAGGAGCCGAGAGAAACACUGUCUACGCAAAUACAUAUCGGUUAAAGCUCUAGAAGCCCCCUGGUACAGACACAACCCGACCAAUCAGACAGUGAACAUCAGUGAGUCUCUCCUGAUGGAGUGUGAUGUUAUGGGAACUCCUUCACCACACCUCUCCUGGUUCAAAGACAACCAGCCCCUGCACCAAAUGUCAGGACUGCAGCUACAGGACGCCAACAGGACUUUGAGUAUCCAGCGUGUCAGAGAAGAGGACGCCGGUCUCUACACCUGCACCGCCUGUAAUCAGAGGGGCUGCGCACACUCCUCCGCUGCCGUCACAGUGCUGGGUUCUAGUGACAGGGCUAAUGUGGAGAUCGUGAUUCUGAUUGGGACAGGCGUCUUCGCUGUGUUCUUCUGUGCUCUACUCAUCCUCAUCUUCUGCAACGUCAAACGGGUGAACCCAGCAGACAUAAAGACAGGCUAUCUGUCCAUCAUAAUGGACCCAGGGGAGGUUCCCCUGGAUGAGCAGUUUGAAUACCUCUCGUACGACUCCUCCCAGUGGGAGAUAUCUGUGGACAAACUACGACUAGGGAAGGUGUUGGGUCAUGGAGCGUUUGGGAAGGUCAUCGAGGCCUCCAUCUUUGGAAUCAGCAAGAAGAGCAGCCUGGACACUGUGGCGGUGAAGAUGUUGAAAGAGGGAGCGUGUGCCAGUGACCACAAGGCUCUGAUGUCAGAGCUGAAGAUCCUGAUCCACAUUGGGAACCAUCUUAACGUGGUCAACCUCCUGGGGGCAUGUACCAAACCCAGUGCCCCCCUCAUGGUGGUGGUGGAGUACUGCAAGUAUGGGAACCUGUCCAACUACCUGAGAGCCAAGAGAGAGUUCUUCCUACCUUACAGGGACCGCUCCCCUAAGACUCAGAGCCAGGUGAGACGCAUGAUAGAGGCGGGACAAGUGGAGCAGAGAGCCCGCCUCCCACCUUCCACAUCCUCCUCCUCUAUUGGCAGCCCCCAGAGUCAGUCAUCCAGCAAGUCCAAUCAGAAGAGCCCCUCUCCUGCUGUGGAAAAGAUGGAGGACCUAUGGAAGACUCCUCUCACUAUAGAAGAUCUGAUCUGCUAUAGUUUCCAGGUGGCCAGAGGAAUGGAGUUCCUGGCCUCGCGAAUGUGUAUCCACAGGGACCUUGCAGCGAGGAACAUCCUGCUGUCAGAGAACAACGUGGUGAAGAUCUGUGACUUCGGCCUGGCGAGAGACAUCUACAAAGACCCCGACUACGUCAGGAAAGGCAACGCCCGUCUGCCACUGAAGUGGAUGGCUCCAGAGAGUAUCUUUGACAAGGUCUACACCAGCCAGUCUGACGUCUGGUCCUUUGGUGUUCUACUCUGGGAGAUCUUCUCUCUGGGUGCAUCUCCGUACCCAGGUGUCCAGAUCGAUGAGGACUUCUGUAAACGACUGAAAGAUGGAACCAGGAUGAGAGCUCCUGAAACAGCAUCUCCUGAGAUCUAUGGUAUAAUGCUGGCCUGCUGGCAGGGCGAGCCCCGAGAGAGACCUCCCUUCCAAGCCCUGGUAGAUAUCCUGGGAGACCUACUACAGGACGACAGCCUACCAGAUGGUAAGGACUACAUCCCCCUGAAUCCAUCCCAGAGCUCUGAGGAAGACAGCUUCUCUCAGGCCUCAUCACGACCCGCUUCACAAGAGGAGAUGAGACUGGCUUGUCACAGCCUGCCCAUCAGGUAUUAUAACUGUGUGCCCUUCGCGGGCUGUGUGUUCGUGGGGCCGUCGAAGCUGUCGUCAUGCCAACCCAGAGUCAAGACGUUUGAGGAGCUACCAAUGGAAACGGCCUGGUAUAAAACCCACAACAACGGAGACAACCAGACAGACAGUGGGAUGGUUCUGGCGUCUGGAGGAGUUUCCUGUCUGUGUUUGACACACCAAUCCCCCAGUAGUACAGAGCGCCUGGUGGUGGUAGAGUCCAGCGGUAGCUCCGUUAGUUCCAGACACCGACCAGCCUUCCUCUCCCAGCUCUCUGGCCAGACCUUUUACAACAACGAGUAUGGUCAGCUAUCAGAGGAGGGCAGGGUCCUGGACUUCUUCUCCUCCCCUGAUGAUAUAAGCUGCCUUACAUCCUCCAACCUGUGAUGUCAUCAUUAUCAUCAUCUCAGUGGGCUAGCCCCUCCCCCUCCAACCUGUGAUGUCAUCAUUAUCAUCAUCUCAGUGGGCUAGCCCCUCCCCCUCCAACCUGUGAUGUCAUCAUUAUCAUCAUCUCAGUGGGCUAGCCCCUCCCCCUCCAACCUGUGAUGUCAUCAUUAUCAUCAUCUCAGUGGGCUAGCCCCUCCCCCUCCAACCUGUGAUGUCAUCAUUAUCAUCAUCUCAGUGGGCUAGCACCUCCCCCUCCAACCUGUGAUGUCAUCAUUAUCAUCAUCUCAGUGGGCUAGCCCCUCCCCUCCAACCUGUGAUGUCAUCAUUAUCAUCAUCUCAGUGGGCUAGCACCUCCCCCUCCAACCUGUGAUGUCAUCAUUAUCAUCAUCUCAGUGGGCUAGCCCCUCCCCCUCCAACCUGUGAUGUCAUCAUUAUCAUCAUCUCAGUGGGCUAGCACCUCCCCCUCCAACCUGUGAUGUCAUCAUUAUCAUCAUCUCAGUGGGCUAGCACCUCCCCCUCCAACCUGUGAUGUCAUCAUUAUCAUUAUCUCAGUGGGCUAGCCCCUCCCCCUCCAACCUGUAAUGUUAUCAUCUCAGUGGGCUAGCCCCUCCCCUCCAACCUGUGAUGUCAUCAUUAUCAUCAUCUCAGUGGGCUAGCCCCUCCCCCUCCAAUGUCAUCAUUAUCAUCAUCUCAGUGGGCUAGCCCCUCCCCCUCCAAUGUCAUCAUUAUCAUCAUCUCAGUGGGCUAGCCCCUCCCCCUCCAAUGUCAUCAUUAUCAUUAUCUCAGUGGGCUAGCCCCUCCCCCUCCAAUGUCAUCAUUAUCAUCAUCUCAGUGGACUAGCCCCUCCCCUCCAAUGUCAUCAUUAUCAUCAUCUCAGUGGGCUAGCCC